UCCCACAUCUCUAGAUUAUUUCCCUACAAUUGCUCAUCCGUCCUUCGCCGUCCUUUCCCCUUCAGGAUUGAAUCGAUGCUCAUACACGUACAUCAGACCAUAUCCUUCUGUUAAAAACGCUGAAUAUGACGGAAUUUCCCACUCCGAAAGUCUAGAGCUUUAGGCCCUUUCAGCUCGAGAAGAUUCGUACCGAGCGGCACAAGCCGAGAAAGGAAAGCUCUACCAAGUUCCCCCUCGCUGGGUGGAGGAUGAGGUUUCCAAACACGUGACUAUAUCUGGGGUCGUAAGACUAGCCUUGAUUGGCUAGCCUGAUAGCCAACGUCACAGGGUGCUGCCAUCUCACUGACAACUCUCUAUGUUAGUGGAUGGACGAUAGUUGAGACAACUUGUGCUUGCUAACCCAUUCCUACCCAUCUCGCCAUAUUUGCUUUUCUUCUCAUCGACCAGUGACAAGCUCGCUCAACGAUGCCUUUCCCCUUUGUCCUUCCGACGACCUCGGCUUUCUCAUUCUCAUCCAGCUUCGGCAGCGACACUCACCCAUCACUGCCCCUCAGUUCCAGCACAUAUCGCGGGGUUGUGAGAGACGCCCUCAAGAAACACAAGCGGUUACCUUCCACAUCGCAAUCUUCCCAUAUCUCCACGGUCAUUGGCGCUCUGAACGGUUACAUCCCUUAUCUCCUCGCCAUUGACGCUGGCCUCAACCCGACAACUCAGUCCGGCGAUUACAUCAAUCUUAACACCAAGGUGCCGCCGUCCAUCGAAUGGCGACCCACGCUCUCAGACAACGCAGUGCCGGGCAGAGAGCAGGCCCGGGUGAAAGUCCAAUCCAUAGACCAUGAGAUGGCAUUUGCACUUUCUACCCUGGCCAACUCAUACACAUUGGUUGCCCGGGCUGCUCUGCACCCUUUGUAUGUCACAACACAGACUACGCUGGACAGUCAGCAGCGCACAGCCGCCAUCCAAACCGCCACCAAAUACCUCUUGGACGCCGCAUCCAUCUACGACUACAUAGCCUCUCGUGCAGAGAGGGUCCAGGUCGCACCACCCUGCAGCGACGUCUCGCCCUCAACCCUUCGAGCCAUGUCGUCCUUGGCUCUCGCUGAGGCGACUCUACUUGCCGUGUUGAAGGACGAUCCCUACCCGGCCAUAAUUGCCCAGGACCGCAACAAAAACGAUCGCGAAUGGAUGUACAAAGCCCCCGAGAUCCCCAAGGUUCGUGCGCACCUGUUUGCGCGCCUCUGCCUUGCCGCCGCCGAGCACGCCGCCCAGGCUUCCUCUCUUUGCCAAGCUGCUGGGCGGGGCUCCAGCAAGAUAAACGAGGCACUGCUCCGCUAUCUCGAGGAUCUCCGUAGGGCUUGCCGAGCAAAGGCCUGCCGCUUCUUCGGAAUCGACGCCGAGAUCGGCGGACAAGUCGGCAUGGCCAUUGCCUGGCUUCAGGCCGGCCUCCAGGAGUUGGGGAUCGAGUCCAAGCACUCCAGUAAGAGCUCUGGUUUCGGGCGUUUUAAAAAGGAGUGGAGCGAGAAGCGCGAGGAAAGAAAGAUCGAGAAGGAGACAGCAUGGGGUGCGGACGGAGGAAAGGGCGAGGAGACACGCGUGAUUGAGUUCCUCGAAGGGAAAUGGCACAAGCUCAAUGACACGAUGAAUGUACAGAUCAUACCCCCGAUUGGCCCUUUGCUGGCACAGAUGCCAUCCGGUCGAGAGAUGCACGCUCUCAAGUCGUAUCAACCACCGACACUGGACCGCAGCCUCCUGGAGGCCAUGCGUGCGCCGCCCGAGAGAGGUGAUCAUUAUGGUGAUGCCUUGAGCUCAGAUGACGAAGCAAAGGGUCACGCCGGGCCACCUGGUGGCUAUCCUGAAUCGAGACCUGAGUACAGGAGUGCAAGCACGUCCUAUUACUAGUCGUUGCAGCGGAGCAGGCAUCUGUUCUCUUGUUUUAGGAACGUUAGAAAGAUCACCCAUGGUGGGACAACCUCGGAAGGUUUUUCUGAAAAUACUACGCUUUUGGGCUAACGGAAGCUUCUCCCUGCGACUUCCGAACAUUAACUCCGACCAAGUGCUCGGUCAUGAACGCACAGCACUGUUGCCCAUCAUCCGAUGCUGCCCAACUCUCCACGAACGCUUUCCCCGCUGGGCAUCGAGGGCUGAAUCGUUGACAAGUGCCUGUCUACCUGUCUGCCUUGCAUGCCUGCAUGCCGCGCUCGGAUGAAACCCGCGGUGCAUUCCUCUCUCACUACCCCCCGGAUCGUCGCGAGCGACCAAGUUUCCUACAACGUCGCGGCCUAUUAUGGACGAAUUGGUUUCUACGAAUCCGGACCGGCCUGUAUCGUGCGGAGCCUGACAAGAAUAAAGGGGGGAAGCUGCAAUACAGGGCUGCUUACAGUCAAAGGGGGGGAGGGUCGGUAUGAGGGACUUUGCAACACCACCAACCUCAAGCUUCAGAUGACGCCUAGGGGCAAAGUUUAAAACAUGUAUGCUCCCUUCGCAGGUCUUAUACGAUCUCGGAUCUCUUCUCCC